AUCAAUUAGAGCGAGUACAGAGGGAUUCCCACCCGGCCCUUCUCUCUCUCUUUCGUCCCCUCCCUCUGCUUUGUAGACUGUGCAUCCUGCCUUGCCUUCACUAGGUAUCUUCUCGUCUUCUCUCGAAUAUAACCCGUCCCGUUUUCAAACCAUAAAUCUAAUCCUGACCCGUUUGAAAACCAAUACCGUUUCCGGUUCGGUGUUCAAUAUCUAAGUCGGUGGGAACUGAAAAGUUUACUUUUUUUUAAAUGGGUUGCGCUCAGUCCAGAAUAGAUAACGAAGAAUCGGUGGCUCGUUGCAAGGACCGCAAAUGCUUAAUGAAAGAAGCGGUUGUAGCUCGCAACGCCUUUGCAGCUGCCCAUUCUGGGUACGCCAUUUCCUUGAAGAACACUGGAGCUGCCUUGAGUGACUAUGGCCAUGGAGAAGCUGAAGUGCCUCUCCUAAACCCUCCACAGAUCCCUGCUCCUCUUGACUCUACUCCUCAACCGCCCCCACCUCCUCCGAUGAUGGACAAUCUCCCUCCACCGCCACCGCUUCCGAACUUCUCCCCUAGCCCCGUCCCCAUCAAACGCACCGUUAGUAUGCCCGCGAUGCCCGUCAAGAGUCGCAAGGAGUUUGAUGCUUCCCUCGCUAUUGAAGAAGAAGAGGACGAAGAAGAUGAUGAAGAAGAUGAAGAAGAACAUAACGAGGGAAUCGAUAAUGAUAAUAAUAAGGAAGAUUUGAGAAAAGACUCAAGAGAAUCCCAUCGGGAGGAGAUAACUCCCACCAGGACUCCUGAGAACAACAAUGUCGACCACCGGCCGCCGCCGAUGCCCGAAGCUAAAAACGUAGCUUGGGAUUACUUCUUCAUGGUCGACGACAACAGGCCGGGUCCGAGCUUGGAUUUGGACGACGGCAAUAACGAAGCUGCUAGUACAAAUGUCGAUGCUUUAGAGAACAACGUCAAUAAAGUGGGGCUUAGCGACCCCGGCGGAUUCGAUAGUGAGAUUGAGCCAAAAACGCCGGAAAGGCCCGAGAAGGUGGAGAUGGCAGUGGAGGACCUGGAGGUUAAUGAUGAUAAAGGGAAGCAACAGGUUCAUAUUGAGCAUUCGAAAACGGCUCCGGCAGAUUUCAGGAGAAUGGCGAAGGCUGAUCCCGGUGUUAAUUUAAUGGAGGUUUUGAAUGAGAUUGAUGAUCAUUUCUUGAAAGCCUCAGAGAGUGCUCAUGAGGUUUCUAAGUUGCUGGAAGCAACAAGGUUGCAUUAUCAUUCCAAUUUUGCUGAUAAUCGAGGACAUAUUGAUCAUUCUGAAAGGGUAAUGCGUGUCAUUACAUGGAAUAGGUCUGUUAGAGGUAUGACGGACGGUGAAAAUGGGAAGGGUGAAUUUGAUUCAGAAGACUAUGAGACUCAUGCCACUAUUCUGGAGAAGUUGUUAGCAUGGGAGAAGAAACUUUAUGAUGAAGUGAAGGAAGGGGAGUUGGUGAAACUCGAGUACAAAAGGAAGCUUGCUUCGUUAAACAAGCAGAAAAAACACAGAGCUGGUACUGAAUCGUUGGAAAGAACAAAAGCAGCUGUAAGUCAUUUACACACGAGAUACAUGGUUGACAUGCAGUCCCUGGAUUCAACAGUGGCUGAAGUUAACCGAAUACGGGAUGAGCAGUUGUAUCCAAAACUUUUUAUGCUUGUUGAUGGGAUGGCUAACAUGUGGGCAAGGAUGUGCAUACAUCAUGAUAGCCAGCUCAAGAUUGUUGAAAAGCUCAAAUCUCUUGACAUUGCAUUUGUCUCCAAAGAAACAACGAAGCACCACCACGAGCAGACCAUCCAACUUCAUAGUGUCAUCCAAGAAUGGCAUUCACAAUUCGAUAAGCUUGUCACUCAUCAGAAGCAAUACAUUCUAUCUCUGUACAACUGGUUAAAGUUGAAUCUCAUCCCUAUCGAAAGCAACUUGAAAGAGAAAGUCUCCUCGCCUCCACGAGCGCAGAAUUCUCCUAUCAAAACACUCCUUCAUAUGUGGCAUGAUUGUCUUGAAAAGCUUCCUGAUGAGGUAGCCAAAUCCACUAUUUCUUCAUUUGCUGCUGUGAUAAAAACCAUUAUCAUUCAUCAAGACGAAGAGAUGAAACUAAAAGAGAAGUGCGAGGAAACCCGGAAGGAAUUUUUGAGAAAGAGCCAGGCAUUCGAGGAAUGGUAUCACAAGUAUAAGCAAAGGCGAUUUGGGUCAGAUGAAACGGAUGCAGAAAGGGGUGAAGAUGCAAAUGCAGAUGCAAAUGCAAAGGAUGACGCUAUAUCCGAGAGGCAAUUUGUGGUCGAGAGCUUGAAAAAGAGGCUGGAAGAGGAAGUUGAAGCUCAUGAAAAACAUUGCAUUCAAGUGAGAGAGAAAUCGUUGGUAAGUCUUAAAAUCCGACUGCCGGAACUCUUCCGUGCUAUGUCAGACUAUUCCUAUGCCUGCUCUGAUGCUUACGAGAAGUUGAGGACUGUUAACCAGUCACAGAAACCAAAUAGUCCUCCCUCUGAAUAGACUCAGCUCUGUUUUGCUAGGAGCGUCUUAUUAGCUAAUGUAAC